CAUCGUUCAGCUUUCUCUCUCUUUCUACAGCGAAUUUCUGGUAAGAGAGAGAGAGAGAGAGAGAGAGAGAGAGAAUUCAGUAUUUAUAGCUGUCGCUGAGAAGGAGGUGAGCAGGCGGAAUCACGAAAGCGUGCUCAAGCAGCUCAACCAUCACAUUCAGAGCUUUGAUUUCUUCUCUAAUCAACUCUCCUAUUUCUCUUCUUUCGCCUCCAAUCCGAUUCAACUUCUCCACCGUGAAAAUCCACCAGAGAACAGCUUGGCUGUUUGAUUCGGUUUCCCGGAGACUGACUGAACACCAUGGGGUGUGCUGGAUCGUCGCACGCCAAAGGCGAUGAUGUUUCUAGAUGAUGAAGGAACAUGCUGGGAAGAAGGGAAGGAGACUCCUAAUGAACUAGCUAGACUCGAGCAUGCCAUAAAAGACAAUACUAAAAAAAUACGAAAGCCGAAGCCUUGGAAGCACUCAGAAACAAUAACAAGAACACAACUCAAACAGAUGCGUGAAGAGUUCUGGGACACUGCUCCACACUAUGGAGGACAAAAAGAGAUUUGGGACGCACUGCGAGCUGCUGCAGAGGCUGAUUUAACCCUUGCUCGAGCAAUUGUGGACAGUGCUGGCGUCAUUGUUCAAGCACCCGACUUGACAGUAUGUUAUGACGAGAGAGGUGCCAAGUAUGAAUUGCCCAAGUACGUUUUGAGCGAACCAACAAAUUUAAUGCGGGAUAGCUGACAAUUGACAAACUGAUUGUGGUGAUUACGGACUGUAAAUCAUGUAAAUUGUAUCUUCUGAAAUGCAUCAAAUCAGAGUUUUGCCCCUAUACUUGUUCCUCAAGUCCAUUUCAAGAAUGCCCCAUGCCAAGAUUUCUGCAAAGAACAACAACUACUAUGUAUUUCAUGCAUCGUGUGGAAUUUGUAGCAUUGCAAUUCUUUUUCCCUCAAUUAAUAUAUUCCUGUUUUAUAUACCCCCCCCGUCUUUUAUCUGUG